CGAGAGCAUACUCAGCUACCAGAGGCCAGAUGAGGAGGUGGUGGUAGACCAGGGAGGGACCAGCUCGGUACUGAACAUCCACUAUGAGAAGGAGGAACUAGAAGGCCACAGGACUCUGUUUGUCGGGGUUCGGAUGCCCAGGCAGAGCCAUCGUCACCACAAGCCUCAUGGCUCUCGGCACCGCAAGAGAGACAGAAGGGCAGGAAGCCUCGCAACGCAACAGAGCGAGGAAGCUGAGACGACCACCUCCAGUCAUGACACGCCGUCCCAGCGCGUCCAGUUCAUUCUGGGAACGGAGGAGGAUGCUGAACACGUGGCCCACGAGCUGUUCACCGAGCUGGAUGAGAUCUGUGUGAAGGAUGGCAAGGAUGCUGAGUGGAAAGAAACAGCCAGGUGGCUGAAGUUUGAGGAGGACGUGGAGGAUGGCGGGGAGAGGUGGAGCAAGCCCUACGUCGCCACUCUCUCCCUCCACAGCCUGUUUGAGCUCCGCAGCUGCAUCAUCAACGGCAGCGUGCUGCUCGACAUGCGUGCCGACUGCAUUGAAGAGAUUGCGGACAUGGUGCUGGACCACCAGGAGGCGUCCAAUGAGCUGGACGACAGUGUGAGAGUGAAGGUUCGCGAGGCCCUGCUGAAGAGACACCACCACCAGAAUGAGAAGAAGAAGAACCUGAUCCCAAUCGUACGCUCCAUCGCCGAGGGAACCCGCAAACAGUCAGAGCCGCAUCUGAUAGCAGGGUCAGCCACAUCUCCCCAGCCUCCGCCAGCUACAGAGCCAGCUAAGAAUGGUGGCGGACAGGACAGCACCCAGGUGGACCUCAGCAAGGUCGACAUGCACUUCAUGAAGAAGAUCCCAGAGGGCGCAGAGGCCUCCAAUGUACUGGUGGGAGAACUGGACUUCCUGGAGAGGCCCAUCGUGGCCUUUGUUCGCCUCUCCCCUGCUGUGCUGCUGACCGGACUCACUGAAGUCCCCAUACCUACCCGGUUCCUCUUCAUUCUCCUGGGCCCAGAUGGAAAGGCUCAGCAAUACCACGAAAUUGGACGCUCCAUGGCAACCAUCAUGACGGAUGAAAUCUUCCAUGAUGUAGCCUAUAAGGCAAAGGACAGAAGUGACCUGCUGGCAGGGAUAGAUGAGUUCCUGGACCAGGUAACAGUCUUACCACCAGGAGAGUGGGACCCCUCCAUCCGCAUCGAGCCCCCAAAGAAUGUCCCCUCUCAGGAGAAGAGGAAGAUGCCUGGAGUCCCGAAUGGCACAGCCUGCCAGGUAGAGGAAGAGCUACAUGCUGAGCACCACGGGCCCGAGCUGCAGAGAACUGGACGGUUGUUUGGUGGUCUGAUACUGGACAUUAAGAGGAAAGCUCCGUUCUAUCUGAGUGACUAUAAGGACGGCAUGAGCCUCCAGUGUGUGGCCUCCUUCCUCUUCCUCUACUGUGCCUGCAUGUCUCCUGUCAUCACCUUCGGAGGGCUGCUGGGGGAGGCGACGGAGGGACGCAUCAGUGCCAUAGAGUCCUUACUUGGUGCGUCUAUGACUGGAGUAGCGUACUCCAUCUUUGCUGGUCAGCCUCUCACCAUUCUGGGCAGCACAGGUCCUGUGCUGGUUUUUGAGAAAAUCCUCUUCAAGUUCUGCAAGGACUACGACCUGUCCUAUCUGUCGCUGAGGACCUGCAUCGGCCUGUGGACGGCCCUGCUGUGUUUGGUGUUGGUUGCCACGGACGCCAGCUCUCUGGUGUGCUACAUCACUCGGUUCACAGAGGAGGCCUUUGCCGCCCUCAUCUGCCUCAUCUUCAUCUACGAGGCCCUGGAAAAGCUCUUCCACCUGGGAGAAGUCUACCCCUUCAAUGCACACAGCGAUCUGGACAAACUCACGCUGGCCUUCUGUAAGUGUGCAGAGCCUGAUAAUCCCAGCAAUAAAACCUUAGAGCUGUGGAGCAAGAGAAACAUCACAGCCUCUGCUGUGCCCUGGACCAACCUCACUGUCAAGGAGUGCAUCAGUCUGCAGGGCCACUUCGUUGGGACGGCAUGUGGCCAUCAUGGCCCCUACACCCCAGACGUUCUCUUCUGGUCUACCAUCUUGUUCUUCUCAACCUUCUUCAUGUCUGCCUUCCUCAAACAGUUCAAGACUAGUCGCUAUUUUCCCACUAAGGUGCGGUCCAUGAUCAGUGACUUUGCAGUGUUCCUCACCAUUGCUGUCAUGGUUCUGCUCGACUAUGUCAUUGGAGUGCCCUCCCAGAAGUUGAAGGUGCCUGGCAAAUUCCAGCCCACCAGAGAUGACCGAGGUUGGUUGAUCAAUCCAAUAGGGCGCAACCCAUGGUGGACGGUCCUGGCCGCAUCUAUUCCUGCUCUUCUCUGCACCAUCCUCAUCUUUAUGGACCAACAGAUAACAGCCGUCAUCAUCAACCGUAAAGAGCACAAACUGCUGAAGGGCUGUGGGUACCACCUGGACCUGCUGAUGGUCGGAGUGAUGCUGGCGGUGUGUUCCAUCAUGGGCUUGCCGUGGUUCGUAGCGGCCACGGUCCUGUCCAUCUCGCAUGUCAACAGCCUGAAGCUGGAGUCAGAGAGCUCGGCUCCAGGAGAGCAGCCUCGCUUCCUGGGCAUCAGAGAACAGAGGCUGACCGGCCUGGUCAUCUUCCUGCUCAUGGGCUGCUCCGUAUUCAUGACUGGAGUCCUGCAGUUCAUUCCUAUGCCAGUGCUGUAUGGUGUUUUCCUUUACAUGGGAGUCUCUUCAUUAAAAGGAAUCCAGUUCUUUGACCGGCUGAAGUUGUUCGGCAUGCCAGCGAAGCACCAGCCAGACUUCAUUUACCUGCGCCACGUCCCCUUGAGGAAGGUGCACCUGUUCACUGUCACCCAGCUCACCUGUCUGGUGCUGCUCUGGGUCAUCAAGACGUCACCUGCUGCUAUCGUCUUCCCCAUGAUGGUGCUGGCUCUGGUUUUCGUCCGCAAGCUGCUGGACUUGUGCUUCUCUAAGCGAGAGCUGAGUUACCUGGAUGACCUUAUGCCUGAAUGGAAGAAGAAGAAUCUUGAUGAUGCCUCCAAAAAAGUAGAUGAGGAAUCGCAGGUUAUGCUCAGUGAUAAAAAGCGAGAUACUGUUCAGAUUCCCAUGGACAGCAGCAAACCCGCUCAGACCCCAAGAGCACAUGACCCCAGGUGUGACCCCUCUGAUAUUAAUAUAUCUGAUGAAAUGUCUAAAACCACCGUGUGGAAAUCCCUCAACUCCAAUCAAAAGGACACUCGUCCUGUGGCUGCUAAGAAGGAUUGA